AUGCCUCCCAUCAAGCACCUGAUCGCCCUGGCUACGCAAUAUGCGUACUGGUCGAAGGAUGGCUACGAGCUGAUCAACAACACCUGGGGCCAGGACGCUGCGACAUCGGGCAACCAGACCACCUACUAUGAUGGCGUUCCGUCAUGUGGCAAGGGCAUCGCCUGGAGUUCCGACUGGGAGUGGCAGGGCGGCGAGAACAACGUCAAGAGCUUCGUCUACGGCGCGCGGCAGUUCGAGCGCCGCCUCGUGUCGGACAUUCACACGCUGCCGACGGAGUCGCAGUGGCACUACGAUCGGGAGGACAUUCGGGCCAAUGUCGCCUAUGACAUUUUCACCGAUACGGAUAAGGACCAUGUCAACAGCAGCGGCGAGUAUGAGCUGAUGAUCUGGCUCGGACGGUUCGGUGGUGUCAUGCCCCUGACCGAGGCCAAGCGGCCCAUCGCCCACGUCAACAUCGCCGGCUACGACUGGGAGGUCUACUUUGGCUACAACCACGGCGGCGCGAUGAAAGUCUACAGUUUCCUACCGGCGCAGGGCAACAUUUACGACUUCCGCGCCGACGUCAAGCUCUUCUUCAGCUACCUCACGAAGGAACAUCAGUUUCCCGCCGACAAGCAGUACAUGCUGGUCUAUCAACUCGGCACCGAGGCCUUCACGGGCGGUCCUGCAAAGUUCGUCGUCCCCAAGUUCAUCGCCGACGUCAGGUAA